AUGGCGACCGCAUCGUCAUUUUCCUACGCGCAAGCCGCCAAAGGGCAAGGCGGCCCUACAACCCAACAGCCAUCUACCAAUGGCCAGAACGAAAUUGCAGCAGCUGCUGCCUCGUCUGACAACGCCACCUCAACAACGGAGAGCUUACCGGAUGUGCCAUCUUCGAUUUCGAGCGUAGAUGCCCAAACAACCAGUCAAGAGAAGCUGGAUAACGAGAGCGUUUCCGCUCCAGAUAGUGAGGCUCAUCCAGAGUCUACCCAAGGAAGAAUGGCCGACGGAAAGAAGGAUGAAGAGCUCGGUCGUCUAGAACGCCCGUGGAGGCGGAGUGAUAGGGGAACCCGAUCCUCAAGUACCACGACACGCUCAGUUGACGAACAAGAGUCCCGCCGACCUCGAAAAGGAAAGAAGGGCAAGACCGCAGAGAAGCAAUCUGGCGAGUCAAAUACUGCCCAGGAGCAGGAAGACGAGCAAGAACCAGAACAGGCAAAGAUCGAACUCUCCGAAGCGCCGAUCCCAUCUGUAAAUAUUUGGCACCAACGCAAGGAGGCACAACUCGCCAAGACUAAGCCUACGGACGGUGAAUCUACUGAAGGGGUUUCAAAGCCAACUGAAGAUGCUCGGGCACCCGUUCCCGAUGUGAAUGGUGCCAAGCCUCAAGAAAAAGUCACCGAAAGCUCAAAAGUCGAGCGAAAUGGCAGCCGUGGCUCGAGGGUGGCUUCCAAGGAAGCCAAGAGCGCCGUACCACCUCCCGUACAAGACUCAGCCCUUUGGCCCACAGUCGAGACCGCUAUCAAGGAAGACAAAAAGAAAUCUACAGAUACGAAGACUGAGGUCCAGGAUGAUAGUGCCCAGUCCAAGCAGGCUCGAUCGAAGAAAGAGUGGGUGGCCUAUGACUACGUUCCUACUGUCAACUUCGAGACACAGCUUCCUCCUAUCCGAGGGUCCAAGCCUCGCGGUGGUGCCAAAGGUGCCAGCGGCGGAAGGGCUGCUGCGGGUGCGCAGCCCAGUGAAAAGGUAAACGCCGUUGUAGCCAACAAGGCCAACGAGCCCAAGGACAAGACGAAGGAAGCAGUGAAUGCUCCCGCUCGCGCCGCUGCUGUCCCCCCUCCCUCAAAGCGCCCAUCUGGUGAAGGAGUUACCACCCGGAGCGAGCAGAGAAGGCACACCCUGAGUGGUGGAGCUGAGAAGGCCAAGGAUACCCCCAGCCAACAGAAUGAACAAGCACACGUUAGCCGAGAAGGCCGCAGUGAGCGAGGCCGAGGUGGCUUCCGUGGUCGUGCUGGCCACCAUGCUGUCAACCCUCACGCCCAACAUCAGCACAGCGCUUCGGCAGCCUCCUUCCAAGGGCAAGCCCCAGUCGCUUCUAGGUCACAAGGCCACUACAGCCCACCUACCAGGCAAGGCGCGCAUAGCCAGGCUUUUAUCCCCGCUGCUCAAAGAGGUGGCCGUGGUGCACGAAACGGCAACAACUGGCAUCGGGCGUCUUUGCCAAAUGGUGCUACCAGGCCAGCCCCAGUACAGGCCCAAUACCCUGCUCCUUCAUACGAGUACCCCGUGCAGCCCAUGUCGGCCGUACCAUUCCAGCAGCCCCCUUUCUGGGAUGGCAUGGUGGUUUCUAUGCUACGAAGCCAGAUCGAGUAUUACUUCUCGAUUGAAAACCUCUGCAAGGACAUGUACCUCCGUCGACGCAUGGACUCUCAGGGUUUUGUUCCUCUGCUAUUCAUUACUGCCUUCAAGCGCAUGCGAGAGCUGUCUCCUGAUACCUCUUUGAUCCGCAGCGUGUGUGAGGAGGUGAAUGAAAUCGACUUCGUUAUUGGCGAAGACGACUGUGAGCGAGUGCGUCGCCGACACGGCUGGGCCAGCUUCGUCCUCCCCAUGGAAGAACGCGAUGAGCUUGCCCGCAACCACGGCCCACAGCAUCUCACGUAUAAGAGCAGAAGCUACAACUUCAACCCCCAGUACAAUGGCGUCCCCCCGGUUCCCUAUGGCAUCCCUUCGCCCCAUGGUUUCCCAGCCCAGGGUUUGCCAGUGAUGGAUGAUCAGUCUCUCAAGGGCAUCAAUGGUCUUCCUAACGGCAACGGCGCCGGCCAUGGCGUCAACAGCUCGCUGUCCGCCGAUGUGCCCGACUUCGCCCCUUCUUUUGGAGGUGAAGAGCAAGUCAACCUUGAAGUUCAGUCUGGCCUCACAAAUGGCCAUUUCGUCCCGGCAGCUGUGAAUGGUCUGCCCAAUGGUGUCCACUCUCACGAGUAA